AUGAAACUCUUAUCCUUUCUCGUCAUGCUCGCAGUAGGGUCUCCUGCCGAUGCAGGAGCUUGUGACAGCGGGAUCAAUGCGGUCGCUGUGCCGUUGCUGAAGGCCUACCCUCCGGCACAGUCUUUCUGCAGCGCAAAAUACCCGCUGCCAACCUCGACGGUAACAGCGAAGGUCAAGCGUCAGAAUGGUCGAUCAACGUCUACCACAACGACAAAAUCAACGACCACGAAACCAGCGUUGAAUCCAACAACCACCCCAAAGACUACUACAACGACUAAGGAUGCCCAGGCUUCGCAAUGGUCUUCCAUUCUUUCACAAGCCGGCGCUGCCAUUUCUACUUUCUGCUCCUGCAUCGAGACACCAGUAACCAAGACGGUAUGUAACUCCGACAACGACGACGACGACGUCGAGCAGCAGCAGCACCACCACCAUCACCAUACCCACGACGACGCCAUCAACAACCACCACUACCACCACGACCACUCCAACCUGCGUGCCAUCGGGCGGUGUCUGCACCGGCAACAAUCAGUGCUGCACUAG